AACAAAGUCAAAAAGACUCUCUGAUAAUUUGCCUAGAAACAGCUAGGCAAAAACAGUGGAGAGCAGAUUAGAAGUCUUCAAAGAACUGAAGAAGACAACGACGACUUGUGUUGGAAACAUGACUUCACCUUGCGUUAAACAAGUCUCUCAAGCUUGCUUCCAUGGCUGCUGCCCAGCUCCUCUUCUUUCCCUAAUCGAUUCCAGUACAGAAACCAGUUCGAAGUCUCAAGCUGCUGCUGCUGCUGCUGCUGGUUCUUACCACCUUGAUUUUGUUAUUGCCACAGCCUCAUCUCUCUAUCCCCACAUCCAUUUCACCAACCAUGAAUCUCUCCCCUCACUACCUGAAUCCUCUUCCAAUUUCACCAGAGCUUAUCCACUCUAUAUCCACACCCAUCAAGCAGAUCAAAUCCGAGCUAAACACUAUUACCAUCUCUCUGUUUCAGGCCAUGUUUGCCUUGACUAUAUUGGCCAUGGCCUCUUCUCCUACUCUCAACUUCAAUAUCAUUCUCCAUCUCUUUCUUUUCCCGCCUCCUCUUCCACUCCUCAACACUCCCACAUGGAUUUUGACAUUUCUUAUAAGUCACUGAACUUCAAUUCUCAUAUCAUUCAUACCCAAGAAUCAGAAAUUGGGUCCAAGAUCAAGAAGAGAAUCAUGGAGUUUAUGAAUAUCUCCGAUGAGGAUUACACCAUGGUUUUUACUGCGAACCAACAGUCUGCUUUUAAAAUUGUGGCUGACUCUUACCCAUUUCAUUCUAACGCAAAUCUUCUAACAGUUUACGAUCAUAAAAACGAGGCGGUGGGAUUGAUGAUUGAAAGCUCAAAAAGGAGAGGAGCAAGAGUAAUGUCAGCUGAGUUUUCAUGGCCUAAUCUUCAAAUCCAAUCAGAGAAACUGAGGAAGAAGAUACUGAGUAAUAAGAAAAAGAGGAAGAAGGGCAUGUUUGUUUUUCCUCUUCAAUCAAGAAUGAGUGGAAAUCGAUACCCAUAUCUUUGGAUGAGUGUGGCUAGAGAGAAUGGAUGGCAUGUAUUGCUUGAUGCUUGUGCAUUGGGAGCUAAGGACAUGGACACUCUGGGACUUUCUCUGUUCAAACCAGAUUUCCUCAUCUGUUCUUUUUUCAGGGUUUUUGGGGAAAAUCCAUCAGGGUUUGGAUGCCUGUUUGUUAAGAAAUCCAGUGCUUCAAUUUUGACAAACACAAUUACUGCAGGAAUUGUACAGCUUAUCCCACUUCCAGUAUCCAAUACACUUGUUCUCCCCGGUUCAUUUUCAGAUCCAUUAGAGGAGAAAAAUGACAAAGGAAAACAGAAAGCAGCUUCAAUAUCUGAAAUUAUGGAAUGUUCAGAACCCAAAAGAGUUGAAUGUGAAGGUCUGGAUGACGCAGACAAUUUAGGGUUGAUUGUGAUCAGCAGCAGGGCGAGAUGCUUAAUCAACUGGUUGGUAAACGCUUUGAUCAGUCUGAAGCACCCAAAUUCAGAGACCCAUCUUCCGGUGGUGAAGAUCUACGGACCAAAAAUCAAGUUUGAUCGAGGACCAGCAUUGGCUUUCAAUGUGUUUGAUUGGAAAGGAGAGAAGAUUGAUCCGCCAUUGGUUCAGAAACUUGCAGAUAGAAAUAACAUUUCAGUGGAUUAUGGUUUUCUGGAGCACAUUUACUUGGCAGACAAAAACAAUGAUGAAGAAGAAGAAGAAGAAGAAAAAGAAAAAGAAGAGAGAUCAGGGAUCUGUGUGGUGAAUGUUGUACUCGGGUUCUUGACAAAUUUUGAAGAUGUAUACAGGCUGUGGGCAUUUCUUUCUCGUUUCUUGGAUGCAGAUUUUGUGGAGAAGGAGAGAUGGAGAUAUAAAGCUAUUAAUCAGAAGACAGUUGAAAUUUAAUAAAUUUUGGGGUGACAUACAAAAAUUUUCUCAUCCCACUUCCCUUAUACUUGAAAAUCUUCUCACCCUGUAAACAGAGAUCAUCUCUUCCAAUUGAAAUAUUAUUCUUUUACACAACUUA